UUUCAUUUGAUCUUUGAUGAGCCGUGUUAAAUUUUUGAUCUAUUGUGAUCUAAAUCAAGGCACCCAGGUUUGUUUACUUGGCACUGAAUCGCACGCGUGUUGGUGCGUUUUAGUGACAUCUGUGCAGUGUAGAGGUAUAAACAAUCUUUGCACGUAAACCCCCAUGAUUCACUGCUCCGGUAAACAACUUAGCAUACUUGACUGAUGCUAGUAAAGCUAACAGGCAGUGAGUCGGAGACCUUCAGCCGCGGCUCCUCGGACGGCUGUCAUGUGACGAAAAUAAAAUACACAUUUAGCCGGUAACUCAUAUAUGUAUUGUACUCGACGGUUUUUUAAAAUUAACUUCAUAGAGUUUGCACUGUACAUACAUAAGAACGACAGCAACCAAAGGGAACAAUGUCCGGACCAAACGGAGAUCCCAACAUGUCAACCGGCGACGGCAUCAUCGAAGACGACGAUGAAUUCAGCGAAGACGAGUAUGCCGCCAUCAACUCCAUGCUGGAUCAGAUUAACUCCUGCCUGGACGACCUGGAGGAGCGGAACGACGCUCUGAACGGAAAGCUGCAUGAGCUGCUGGAGUCCAACCGGCAGGCCAGGCUGGAGUUCAGGGCCCAGCUGCUCGGUGGCCCCCCAGAGGAGCAGCCUCCUGCAGACAGGGAUUCCUCCCCACAGGGCAGAGCAGACCUGGACGCGGGCUCCGAGGAGCAGAAAUGAGCCAGCAGCAUGUACAGACUGUGUUGUGUUGAGUGAGACGUGAGGGAUGGAUGCGGACUAGUUGAUUGAGCUCUAAAACUCUUAUGUGAUGGACUGAUGACAGCUCAUGCCUGAUCUACACAGCCCAUGCCCAUGUGAAGGUGCUGAAGUCGUGCUCCCUUACAAGACUUGGGUGUACCAUAGCUGCAUUUUGCAUCCCUUUAUGCACUGAGCAUGAUCUUGUUUCCUCUAGUUUUCAUACAUGUGGUGUACUGAUACUUUUUUUUGUGAGGGAACUGUGCGUUGUUGAUCUGACAGCUGGUCCUUAUAUGCAUUUUUUCAAAGAGGACAUCAGUUUGAUGCUGCAACUAGGGUGUGAAAUCUGAAAUAUCACUGCUUUACACUGUUCCUUUCAGGCUGUGUAUCAUCAAUCAGGGAAUCCUCAUAGUGGGAUGUCAUCAGACAUAAUCUGAACUGAUGAAGUCAGUUUUUUGUCACUGAUGUGUUUCUUUGUAGCUGUGUGUGUGAAUGUAUUAAUCAUUUGUUGUAAAAGUACGCAUUCCAAAUGUCUGUCAUUCGUGUUAAGACAAUGUAUUAAUUGUUUUGUGUGUGGUGUGAGAUUGAAAAUGUAUACCCUUUUGUCCUGUUCAUUUUCAUUCUCCUGCUUUUCUUGACAUGCUACUGAAGCAAUUUAAAUAGAAGUUUAUAUAUAUGCACACUGCUGGAUAAUAUAAUCGAAUCCCAAAAAGUUAGACAACAUUGCAACUGUCAGUGUGGAAAUUGUCAGACAUUUUAAUAUAAAUUAAAAUGACCCCAGAACAGAAAACAAACAUCCAAAAAUACAUGAAACCUACAGCAGUUAGAAAACAUCACUGUUUGUUCAUCUCAUUUUGUCAGUUGCUGAAUAAAAAUACAAUAAGAAACAA